GAGACAUCAACAAAACACUGAAAAGAAUACUACACACAAAACACAAAGCUUAAAUACAGGAAAAAUAAGGAGAAAUUGAAGCACCACGACUGAAGGACUUGAAGAAACGGUCACUAAGGAAAAAGGAGAACAUUUGGGAAGGCAAUACAGUUGCUGGCAAUACAGUUAGUAAAUAAUUGAAGUGAAAGGUGUACCUGUCAGGUGUGGUUACAAUGGAGGAAGUCAUUCAAAACAAUAAGCGGUUGAAACUUGAGACCAGUGAGCUGAGGAAAGGCACAGGUGUGGGGGCUCUCCUGGAGAACAUCCGUGCUGUAGGGAAGCCGAGAAUCAUCCAGGAGGAGGAGUGUGAGGUGAUGGUAAUAAGUGACGACAGCAAUUCAGACAUAGCCAGCCACGCAGCAAGCUGUGCACCCAGCCACACAGCCGGCCACACAGCAAGCCAUGCAGCAAGCCACACAGUAAGCCACACAGCCAGCCAUGCAACAAGCCACACAGCAAGCUACACAGCAAGCCACACUGCAAACCACACAGCCAGCCAUGCAUCCAGCCAUACAGCCAGCCAUACAGCAAGCCACACAGCAAACCACAACGGGUCAAUUGCUGCUGUCUUGACUCCCCAAAGUCUGGCCAAGUUUGGAGUUGUGGCAGAGACUCACACUAUACAAAAUGGAACCAGUGCCCUUGAAACCAAAGAAUUUGUAGUUGAAAAGAUGGACAUUCAUAAACCAAGUGAAAGAACGUUAAAGAGAACUGAAAAUGAGCAGUGCAAUAGCGUGAGCAAGAGUGUCUGUGAGGAAAUAGUGGUAUCAGAUGCAACAGAAAAGGAUGACUCAAGAGAGCCCAUCGAGGAGCAAGAUGAAACACCUCUACCACCUCUUAGACACAACUUUGCUAGUCCACUGAUGGCUCUGAAUUACAUGGCAGAAUUCAAGAUGCCACAUGAUAAUUUCACCAAGGGAUGUAAAUGGUCCCCCGAUGGAUCGUGUCUGCUGGUGACAGCCAACGACUCCAAGAUCCGCUUGUUCAACCUUCCCACGCCAGUGGUUCAGGGACAUUUUCAGUGUGAGUCGUGGUUUGCAGAGGAGGCUGAGAAGUACACCAAGCCUGCGGUGACUGUCAGGGAGAAGGAGAUAGUGUAUGAUUACUGCUGGUACCCACUCAUGCGCUCUGACCUGCCAUCCUCCUGCUGUUUUGCCACCACAUGCAGAGACCAUCCAGUCCACUUAUGGGAUGCGUGGAAUGGCAGCCUGAUAGGCAGCUAUCACCCGUACAACCACCUUGAUGAAAUGGUAGCAGCCUACAGUGUAGAGUUCAACAUAGAUGGCUCAAGACUGGUGACAGGCUUCAAUAAGUGCCUCCGUACUUUCUACACCCAACGGCCGGGCAGAGUCUUUGAACAGAUAGAAGCAAAGAACCAGCCGGGGAUAAUCUCCUGCAUGAGUUUCAACCCUCAGCUGCCUUCUGUCUUUGCCGCCGGUAGUUACCUUGGCUCUAUUGGCCUCUAUAACCUGGAGAGAAACAACCUGUUUUGCCGAAUGGAAGGCAGCAUUGGUGGCGUUACACAAGUCAAGUUUUCCUCGUGUGGUACCAAGCUUUUUUCUGGCUCUCGCAAGAAUAAUGAGAUCCUGUGCUGGGACAUAAGGAACCCAGGAAUGCUGUUGUGUGGCUAUGGCAGGGAAGUUUCAACAAGCCAGAGAAUAUACUUUGACUUGGAGCAACACUAUGGCAGGUUCCUUGUUUCUGGAGACACAAGAGGCUAUGUGUUAAAGUGGGACCUGGAAGAUGACCAAGAGGCUGCAGCUGAUGCGAGUGUUACCAAGGAACCAACAUCACUAUUCACAGCCCACAAAGACUGCACCAACGGAGUAAGCAUCCACCCCUACUGUCCACUCCUUGCCACCAGUUCGGGACAGCGGCACUUCCCAGAGCCUGUGUCGGAGUCUGAUUUGGGCUCCUGCUCAGAAAAUGAAGAGCCAAAGGUUUUGUUCACCAGCAGCAGAACGCUUCCAGAGAAUACUGUUAAAUUGUGGUGGCUUGGAGAGUCAUAGAUUUUAACUUAAGUGUUUUGUAUUGCUUGUAUUUUAUUGAAUAUGUAUAAUACUUGUCACUGUAUUUCUCAUUGUAUAGGGCAGGACACCAUGUGCUCUAAAAGGCAAAAUAAACUUGCCGGCAAGUGA